CCAAAAGGCGUUCCGUCGGGGGAGUUUCGUUCCAAAUUCAAAGAAGUUGGAACUAUCGUUCCCGAUGAUUCCCUUUGCUCUCACGAGUCCGCACACAGAGAGGAGACAAGAGUAGAGCUCCAUCUCCAUCUCGCCACUGUGAAAUCGCAGAGCAGGUAAACCUCUUCAUUCUCGAUGCCCUGUGAAAUCGCUCAUAGAGAGAAGAGAGAAGUAACGUCCUAAAAUCGCAGAGCAGAUCGAGGGUCUGGAGGCUCUGGCAGUACUGCAAAGAUUCAAGCGUCAUUGUUGGGAGAGACAGGAUCAGGCGAUUCUCCCCUUCUCCUUUUCUUUACUCCUCUUUGUCUCCUUGAUUCUUUGUUGCUCGGUGAUUCUUUCGAGGGUAUACGGAGAUUGAGAGGUUUUCAGCAAUUUGAGGUGGUGCAUAUUUGUGGCACGCCUUCUUGAACUGAGAGUAAGAAACUUAAGCUGUCAAUGGCAGACUAUCAUUUUGUUUAUAAGGAUGUUGAAGGAGCAUCUACACAAUGGGAUGAUAUACAGAGAAAACUAGGUAAUCUACCUCCCAAGCCUGCUCCUUUCAGACCCCCUACCUUUACUCCUGCUCAAGAUGAAGACUCAAAGCCCAAAGACAAGGCUUGGAUUGAUGAGAAAACUGAAGAAGAGCUUGAAGAUCUUGAAGAUGAUGCCACUCUUGAUGACGACCGAUUCCUUGAAGAAUACAGGAAGAAGAGGUUGGCAGAGAUGAGAGAAACAUGUAGAGUUUCAAGGUUUGGAUCACUGACUCCAAUAUCAGGAUCAGAUUUUGUUCGGGAGGUUUCACAGGCUCCACCAGAUGUGUGGGUUGUCGUAUUUCUGUUUAAGGAAGGAAUUCCAGAAUGUGGUCAACUUAUACCUUGUCUGGAAGAACUGGCUGCAAAAUAUCCAGCAACAAAGUUUGUUAAGAUAAUAUCUACAGAUUGUAUUCCAAACUACCCAGACCGUAAUCUUCCUACCUUACUGGUGUACAAUAAUGGUGCUGUGAAAGGAACAUAUGUUGGGUUGCAUCAUUUUGGUCGAAGGUGCACACCUGAAGGUGUUGCUUUAGUCCUAUGCCAGUCGGAUCCAGUUUUAGAUGAUGGCCAGAGUAGAAGUGACCCAUCAAGAAAGGCUGUCAUUGAUGGUGUUCGCAAGAGGUUUAUAGAGAAGGUUGUGACACAGCAUGAAGAUGAUGACGAUGGAUCUUCAAGCGAUUAGAAUCUUGGGGCUUCCAUUCUCAUUUGAUGGAAGGGUCAUUUCUCUGAAAUGCUUUGUGACAGAGGACCACUGAGACUAUAGAUGGUUAAUUAAUUCCUUUUACAGCAUGCUUGUGUAUUUUAUUAAGAGACCAUAGAAUUUUGGUUUGUUUUGAGAAUGCUGAUGAGGUUAUGUUUGGUGAGUUUGAAUUCAUUGAGGCAUUAGCUUCCACUUCUCAGUCCUCACCAUGUGCCUUUGUCCUUUACUUUGUCUUUGUUGCUGAAGCUUGGCUCAUAUGAAUCAUGUCAAUGAUACCAAAUUUUUUGAGAGUUUUAUUAUUAUCUAUCUUUGUAAAA